AUGAAGUCUUUUUCAUUACUAUGUCUGUCUUUACUUGCAAGUACUUCGUCCGCUCUGCCAGCAACUUCAACUUCAGCUGCCCCAGCUCAGUCAACAGCUUGCGGAACGAUAGUUAAUGAUCCUGAUACUUAUGUUUUCAACGCCAGUCUAGCAUACGAGUGCCUCACAAGUGUUCCUUUCAAUCCUGCUGUUGCGACUCGCUUUCUUGCAUACUAUAAUGAUACUCUUCAAUUCCAAAGCACAUUGGCAUAUCUAAGGAAUCCACCAACAAGUUACCAGCAACCCGGUGUCGAUUUGCUGUUAGGUCUCCAAAAUCUACAAGAUGGCAUAAACAAUGGAAUUUUCCCGAAUCAAUAUGAAUUCGAGGCGGCUUUACAAACUCUUCUGUAUGCAACUCAUGACGCACAUGUCAAUCUGUUCGCUGGUAUUUUAUCGGCUUUCACAUUUGCAAGUCCAUAUGACAUUGUGUCUCUCUCGAUCGAUGGGAUUCAGCUGCCUAAAGUCUACUUUGCAUUUGAUCUAUUCGAGAGCAAGUAUUUCACGACUUAUCAGCCAUCAGCAAUCAAGACGAUCAACGGCGUCAAUGCUACUACAUACUUGAUGGAAUUCGCCUCCAAAAACUCGAUCGGAACUUUGGAGAAAAAUGCCGACUGGAACCAGCUCAUGCUGAGUGCAGCACUCGACAUUCAGGGUUACUUCGACGUUUUCAGUGGAGGGGCGACAUUCUAUCCCGGGGACACGAUAACGACGGUCCUUGAGAACGGAACUACCUACACAGACAACUUUCAAGCGGUCUAUAACGACCCAGGACCAACAGGUCCUUUAGAAACUGGAGGCGACUUUUACAAUUUCUUCGUCCUUGGAUUCUAUCCUGCUUCCUUCAACGAGUCUGAUGAUUCUACUGGUUCUUCUUCUGUGGUCCCAUCUGCCACGGCUACAGCUACCUCGACUGUUGUUUCCUCGGCUGCCGCAACACCGUCAAAUUGGAAUAAUACAGCUUACCCUGAUACCCCUGAUGUCGUACAGACAGAUCUGGGGACCUAUGGUGGAGGUUAUAUCUCUGGAUACUUUCUCAACUCCACCUCAAUUUCCGUACUCAGCAUCCCCAGCUUUGACGAAUAUGACGCUGCGCUCAACACGUUCCAGAGCACCAUCAGCGACUUUAUCACUCGCAGCAAAGCAGCUGGCCUUCAGAAAGUUGUCAUCGAUUUACAACAAAAUACAGGUGGACAACCUCUCCUUGCCAUCGACACAUUCAAGCAAUUCUUUCCGAAUAUCGAUCCCUUCGAUGGCUCCCGAAUGCGCGCACAUCCUUCAGCAGAUGUGAUGGGAAACACAAUUACGGGCUAUUUCCAGAGCUUGAAUACCACGGACGAAGAUUAUUAUGCCUUGAUUGGUGAUGAGUGGGUGGCUACAGAUCUCAUCAAUGCAAACACAAACCAAAAUUUCACAUCCUGGGCUGAGUUCUUUGGCCCUCAUCUCUACAACGGGGAUAACUUCACUACUGUGCAACGCUACAAUCUCUCAAGCAUCUUAUUCGACGACGCAGCUACGAAUACAAACUUCAGCUUUGCAGUGUACGGAUACGGUGCCAACCCAGCGCCGGCAAAUGCAAGCCCACCUUGGGCAGCUGAAGACAUUGUCUUGCUUUCUGACGGCAUCUGCGACUCCUCAUGUGCGCUAUUUAUGGAGAUGAUGCACCAUGAAGCCGGUGUCCGUGUCGUAGCAGCAGGCGGUCUCCCAACAACUGGUCCCAUGCAAGCACCGAGUGGCAGUCGUGGGGCUAGCGACUACGACGUCUCAAUCCUCGACGCCAACAUCGACUUUGCCCAGCAGAUCCUGCAAAGCGACAACUCUCCUGAGCAGAACUUCCUUCCAAACCGUACCACUGCGAUGGAUGUUUUCGUCACAUAUGCAGAUAUCAAUUUGAGGGACCAGGUCAGGAGGAAUGAGACAAUCCCUUUGCAGUUCGCAUACGAGGCUGCCGAUUGCAGGAUAUUCUAUACGCCGAAGACGAUCUAUAAUUAUACCGCUCUAUGGCAGUACACUGCCGAUGCUAUCUGGUCGACUCCUUCAUUGUGUGUUCAAGGCUCAACUGGAUUUGCUACGACUGGUACCAACACGACUGAUUUCGUUGGUCCGUCAUCAUCUUCUGCAGGAGCGAGAACGAAUAUCAGCGAUUACCUUGCAGCGUUGAACAGCUCCUCGAUCUCCUCCUUGACAUAUCUGAACGAUGGCUUAGAAGAUGGGUUCGCUCUCCAGCGGUAUAAGAAUACUGUUGUGACGUCUUGUACUAUUGAGUCUGCUGCCGCUUGUACUGGAGGCACGAUUUGUGAUUCAGGGGUAUGUAAGCUUGAGUGUGUGGUCGGUAAUGCGAAGUGUGCGGGUGGACAGCCCUGUCAGGCAAGAUCGAAUGCUGGGGUCAGUGUGGGUAGUCAAGCGUUGUUGAAGGGUGUUUGUCCAGUGAGUAAUUCGAAGGUGACUACGAAGACGAGUCCCGGCCCGCUUGUAGACUAGACGGAUUCUUUUUAGACGUGUCGAUUCGUGGAGGAGUUUGGAGGAGACGUGUUGGACGGGCAAUCUUUUAAUUCUAAUGUAGUAUACUUAAUGAUAGAAAAUCACUAUUGGAUGCAUGUUCGAGUGGCACUGAAGUAACCGCUGCUGUUUCUUUUCCUGGAAGGAGAGUUGAAGAGAAUGGAAAU